GCGGCUCUCUCUCUCUCUCUUCUUGAGAUCUCCCGAUGGACGCUGUCGACGACUGGGAUCUGUCGGCGCGUGGUCAGAGGCUGCUGCUCCAGGGCAAAAUCCCGGCGGCGGAGCCACCGUCGGCGAAAGAAAACCCAUUUUCAAGAGGAGAUGAAAGAGGAAAUGAGAUUUUUGCAAAUUUUCCUUCUGAUGUUUUUGCAAAUAGUAGUUUUUUUGGGGGCUUAGAAGAUCUCUACACUCCCUUUCUCUUGAAAAACACUUCUCUGCGUGUGGGCCCCGCUGUUGGAGCUCCAAAGAAGCCUCAGAGGUCGCCGGCGACGGCGGCACAGCCACCUCGGAGCAAAAGAAGGAAGAAGAAUGUCAAGAAAGUGGUAUGUCAAGUUCCAGCUGAUGGAGUGUCGUCAGAUAUUUGGGCCUGGAGGAAGUACGGGCAAAAGCCCAUCAAAGGCUCCCCUUAUCCAAGGGGAUACUACAGAUGCAGCAGCUACAGAGGCUGCCCAGCGAGGAAACAAGUCGAGCGCAACCGAGCGGAGCCCGGGCAGCUCAUCAUCACGUACACCUCUGACCACAACCACCCGGUCCCCACGCGUCACCAAAACCCUUCUCAGCCCACAGCAGCGAACAGCAAAGAGGCCGAUCAGCCGCCUCCGUCUCCUGCCACGUCGCCAUCGAUGGAAGAGGAUGAAGGGGAGCUAAUGGUUGAAGACAUGGAGAUGAUAGGAGAGCAUGAAUUGGUUUUUGUAGGAGAUGGGUCUGAAGAGAAUAAGGUACAGGAAAAUGGGUUGUCCUCGACUUUGUUGUUUGAUGAUGAUGAUGAUGAUGAUAGAGUUUUUGGGUCGCCAUGGCUUGAGAAGAGCAAUAGUGGUGGUAAUGCUACGGCGGCUGCUUGCUGAUCUGGUUUUUCUCUUUUUGUAUGUAAUGAUAGAAGGGUGUUUGUGUAACAUAAUUUGCAUCUGUAGUUAUAAAGGUAGAUUU